CCCUUCUCCCCCUUCAUCUUCUCACCAACUCCAAGAAACACUACUAUUGUGCAGAGCAGAAUCAUGGCAACUUCUUCUCUCACUAUUCCGACCACGAGAUCUAGGAUUCACCGAUCGAAUUUCCUAGGCCAAACCCACUUAUUUUCCACCCAUCACCUAUCAACUUUCCCAGUUCCCAAACAGCAAUCCAACGUUCAGAUCAAAGCCAUGGCUAAAUUCAAUCUAUGGGAAGUUAUGGGAGGAAGAGGCCUAUGCAACGGUGAGAAAGGUAUCCAAAAAGAGCUUCGAAGGAACGUCGAAGAUCAGGAAACAUCAGUGGACGAGAGCAACAACCUAGAAACAGAGGAUUCUUCGGUUAAAAUACCUGAAAACGCUUUCGAGAAGGAGAUGAUGGGACUAACCGGAGGAUUUCCAGGCGGCGAAAAGGGUUUGAAGACGUUCAUCGAACGAAACCCACCGCCACCACCUGAAAAGAGAGGAAAGGGAUCAAGAGGAAACGAUGAUGUUUCGGCGGUUGCCUUCCCGGGCACGGAAAAGAAGAAGCCGAGAGCACCCGAGCUGCCGCUUCUCAUGCCGGGGAUGAUUGCCAUUGUCAAGAACCCGAACAACCCUUAUUACAUGUACUGUGGCAUUGUGCAGAGGAUCACAGAUGGGAAAGCAGGUGUCCUGUUCGAGGGAGGGAACUGGGACCGUCUCAUAACAUUCAGGCUCGACGAGCUUGAACGCAGGGAAAAGGGUCCUCCUGGGAAGAACCCCAAAUCUUGUGUUCUUGAACCUCUUAUUGAACAGAUGCAACAAGGGGAGGCAACCUCUAAGUGAUCUUCUCUUCGCCUUUUUGAGCUUCCAUAUAUAUAUAUAUAUAUAUAUAUAUAUAUAUGUGUGUACGUACCUUUGCUCCCAGGUUCUGGAGUUCUGACUGUGCUAUAGUUUUCUUGAACAUAAAUAAACGAUGGAUUCCAACCACAAAGCA